AUGGAGAUAGAGCCCAACAGAGUUAUAUCGAUAGGGGUCAUCAUCACUAUCCGUCGGGCGGAAGAUGACUACAGCAAUCCUUGCAUCUUCCGCUGGAACUUCCUACAUCAUGGAUGGGGUCCUUCUGGCUUUAUGAUCUUUCAGCGCACGCGGGACGGUCUAAAGAAGGCUGAAAGAAAGCAUAAGUCGCCACCUCCCCAGACCUUUAGACGUACAGGAUAUGAAGUUGAGACUGAAGAGCUUCUUCCUAGCCAAACUCUCCGAAGAAAUAUAGGUCAUCCGUAUCCAGUCUGGGACCAUUUGGUCGCUAGGGAGAGAUAUGAGCUGUUCUGGCCGGGGGCUGAACAUGCCUUGUGGGCUUGGGGCACUUUACGCGAGCACUGGGAUCAAGAAAUUGGGGUUAACAUGGGGCUAUCCCGUGUCAUCAUCCCCGGAGGAGCCUGUUGUUCUCUCACCGGCGUAGAGGAGGAAGACCUUUCGGAUUCUUAA